AUGCUCACACUCAGCUCCUUAAGCUUCAGCGAAGAAUGGAUCGAUAACGGUGAGUGCAAAUUCAUCGCCCACGCGAGUUCCAUCGACGGUUACGACCUACACGUUCUAGUCGCUGGUCUGCCAGGACGAUACCCAGUGGUGGGUUUCUGGCCAAAGACUUCUGAACUCAUCAAGCCACCGCAGGUCGUGACAAAUUCUCAACGAUGUGUGAUCACUGAGCUACCGGACGAGAUCUUGCUUCAGAUAGACGGUCAUUUGGUGACCACCAACGGCACGUAUCACAUCUUGCCUACCUCGAAGUUUGGCGUCAAUCUAGAGCCAGCGGGUACAGCUAUCCAUCGAAUCCCUGGCAAGGUCAAGGAAGGUCUGCAGUCGUGGACGAAGUAUUGUGACGUCUCAUCAACGUCUACCGGGCCGCUUUCUAAGCGCUCUGCUCCCUAUGUCAAGGAUCUCACGCUUCUGGUCAGUGUGCAUGACGAUGCGGACCAUAAUGAAGUCGCUUGCCAGGAAGCGCAUAUCGGACGCUUCGUCGUGAGCUUCACUGCUGGUCACAGUUUGUCGAGGCUGGUGGUGGACAUGCGGAUGAUUACCCCUCCUGAACGUAAGAGCCGCAAAGUUCCUGUCUGGAUACGGGAGAGGCCAAGGGUGCGAUGGAACGUCCAGGGUCAGGAUGAUUUUGUUCUACCACCUCCGGGUGGUCAUGAGGGUGAGCCGGGUGACGAGGAGUCGUUUCGCGAUCUCUGGCUUCCAUUCCGACGGCUGCGUGGCGUCGAAGAGGUUGAGUUGAGGAGGACUUCAGUCUGA